CUGGUUGAUGAUGGCAGGUUGUGACCAGAAUCACCAUGUCCUUCAUGCAACGUUCAUAGCCGCUGUUCUUGUGGCUCGAGCCACCUGUCAAUGUGAACAGGGAAGCUUUAGGCCUGUUCAACUCCUCCAAGACGUACUUGCCCGUGAUUCAACUUCCAUAUGGAUGAAAACCGAGUUCAUGUUGGCCAGCUGUGCUUCAAUGUGCAAAAGACACAAAAGAUGCGCUUCAUUUUUCCACAAUUCAGAAACCGGAUCCUGUCAAGCUCAUUCGUGGACAUACAGAAGCAAGGACUACAUGAAUCCUCGGGCAGGGUUCAAGUACUACGUGCAGUACACCAAGGGCGCUGGUCUCCGCGACUGCAGUGAAAUUCAAGCCAACAUCUCCUCAGCGGCCGAUGACACCUACACCAUCACUCCACCUGACGGGCAAAGUCCGAUCCUAGCUCACUGCGAUCUGACCCACAACGGUGGUGGCUGGACGGUGAUCCAAAGACGACUUGACGGAUCGCGAAAUUUCUACAGAACAUGGAAUGAGUACAUGGAUGGGUUCGGUGAACUUGACAGGGAAUACUGGUUGGGUAAUGAGAACAUCUGGCGCAUCAUCCAAGGAAGACAAUUUGAGCUGCAGAUCGACCUUGAGGACUUUGAAGGGGAACACAGAUAUGCCCGUUACCAAAGUUUCGUCAUUGGCAACUGUGCAGAAUACUAUGCCCUUCAUAUAUCGGGCUUCAGCGGCAACACAGGCGACUCAAUGGCUCUACACAAUGGCCAGGCAUUUUCAACCCGCGAUCGUGACCUUGAUCUGGACACUGAUGGUUCUUGUGCACAACAGUUUCUAGGAGGAUGGUGGUACAAUGACUGUCACUCGUCCAAUCUGAAUGGUGACUACAACAACACACUCUUUGGCAAAGGGAUCAACUGGGAGAAGUGGCGCGGUUUCAAGUACUCUUUGCAAACGUCAGUGAUGAAAGUACGACCUGUUUUGUAAGACCGACAAGUUCAUCAGCCAUGUUUUCAGAAUAUUUGGUGGUUAAAUUAUUUUUAAAACAAAGAACCAGGAAUGUAUGUUUCGGAAGAAACACAUGGCUUGCCUUUCCCUUUUGUCAUGAGUAGGCCAGUCCCGGUGAUGAGACUUACCUGUGUCAACAUCACACCCGUGCUUGAGUGAGUGAGUGAGUGAGUAAGGUUUUACGCCGCUUUUAGCCAAUGCAUUAACCACUAGGCUACCUGACCGCUCCCACCCGUGCUUGAACCUGUGAUGGACACGACACGAAACUGUUGUCAAAGCGGAGAGAAACGCAACCCACUCACUGAAAGUUGUUAAUAUUAAUCCUUAAAAGUAGCCCGACUAUGUGGUCUAGUGGUGGAGCGUCCGCCUGGUGAGCGGAAGAUCCUGGGUUGGAUCCCUGGCCGCGUCAUACCAGAAUAUGUUAAAAGAUUAUACUUGUUAUUAUUCUGUCUGUCGCUCGGGAUUAAGGUUCUAAAAGAAGAACUGGAUUGCUCGGAGUCAGUAUACUGUGUCAGAGGGGGUAUUCAUGUUACACUGAGGCAUGUUAUCUCAGUGGAAUAUAACAGUACGGACUGGUACAAGCAUAGGCCCUCGUGCAUACACAUCGCUAUAUCAGUUAAAUAAUCGUUAAAACCUAUUUCACCACACCUCCUUAAAAAUACGAGUCAUCAAUUUAAUUACUUCAGAGAAGACAUUACCACUGCUGAACUUGGGGACGACACAGGU